GGAGGAGCUUUUAUUUAGAAACAGAAAGGGAACAUUUGCUGUUGUUGGACAAAAUGGCUCAGCAGGUUUUUCUAGAUAAAGAAAAACUGAUCUGUUCGAUCUGUUUGGAUCUGCAGAAGGAUCCGGUCACUAUUCCUUGUGGACACAGUUACUGUCUGGAAUGUAUUCAGAACUUCUGGAUUGGAGAGGAACCAAAAGCUCCCAGCUGCCCUCAGUGCAGACAAAGCUUCACUUCAAGGCCUGUCCUGGUGAGAAACACUAUUUUAGCAGAGUUGGUGGAGGACGCAAGAAAAGCAGAGCUCCAACCGACUUCAUCUGAGCGUUCUGGAACUGGACCAGAACAUGUUGACUGUGAUUUCUGUGAAGGAAAGAAGCUGAAAGCUGCCAUGUCUUGUCUGACCUGUAUGGUUUCUUACUGUGAGCAGCACCUCCAGCCCCAUUUUAGUGUUGCUGCAUUAAAGAAACACAAGCUGGUCAAAGCUACUCUAAAGCUUGAGGGGAACAUCUGCAUUCGUCACGAGGAAGUUAUCAAGAUUUUCUGCCGCACUGAUCAGAAGUGUAUUUGUAGUCUCUGCUCCAUGGAUGAACACAAAGGUCAUGACAUGGUGUCUGCUGCAGCAGAAAGGGCUGAAAGACAGACAAAGCUGGGACUGGAUCAACAAAAAGUCCAACAGAGAAUCCUCAACUUGGAAGAAGAUUUAGAAGUGCUUCAGCAGGCGGUGGAGGCCAUCAAUCUGUCUGCUGAGAAAACUAUCAAAGAAAGCCAGACCCUCUUCAAAGGUUUGAUCUGUCUCUUGGAGCAAAAAUGCUCAGAAGUGGAGCAGAAGGUCACAUCCUAUCAGAGGGAGGAAGUGAGGAAAGUGGAAGAACUCCAGGAGAAGAUGCAGCAUGAGAUCACCAAACUGAAGAAAACAGAGGCUGAGCUGGACCAGCUCUCAUCUACAGAAGAUCAUCUCCAUUUUCUCAACAACUACUCCUCCCUGUCAGAUCUGAGUAUCUGUACAGACUUACCCAGCUUUGAACAAGCUCAGCACUGCUUUGAUGAUGCUCUCAAAGCUGUGUCUGAGACCAGAGAGAAGCUGGAGGAGACUCUCAGAGACCAGACCACAAAGAUUUUAGACAUAGUGGAUGUUUUUCUGCCUGAAGACUUCAGAUCCAGAGAGGACUUCAUGAAGUACUAUCAUCAGAUCACACUGGAUCCAAACACAGCAAACAGGAAUCUAUCUUUGAGUGAACAGAACAGAACAGCAACAUGGACAAAGUUAGAACAGAAUUAUUCAAGUCAUCCAGACAGAUUUGCUAAAAGGUCUCAGGUUCUCAGUGCAGAAGGUCUGACUGGACGUUGCUACUGGGAGGUGGACUGGAGCGGGGUGGUUUACAUUGCAGUUGCAUACAAAGACAGAAGUGGUACAGGAACCUGGGAUGAAAGCGCGUUUGGAUUUAAUGAUAAAUCCUGGGCAUUGAAGUGCUCACCCACUGAAUAUACAUUUUACCACAAAAGCAGCUGUGUUUCUAUUGCAGCUCCCCGAUCCUCCAGAGUGGGAGUUUAUUUAAAUCACAAAGCAGGAACUUUGUCUUUCUACAGCAUUUCUGACUCCAUGACUCUCCUACACAAAGUCCAGACCACUUUCACUCAGCCUCUCCAUGCUGGAUUCUGGAUUUCAAAGUCUGGAGGAAUGAUCAGGUUGUUGAAGUGAAAAGCAGUGACUCAUCUGUGAGAAUCACUGAUGAAAUAUGUCUGCACUGUAGGAAACAGAAAAUCAUAGAUAAAUAUUGUGUAUGUAACUUCUAAUAAUAAGUGUGUUAACAAAAAUAGUUUUAGUUUAGAUAUCAAAAUAAGAGAAAAAAACACCAAAUAUUUAUGUAGUAAAAAUGUGAAACAAAACAUAAAAUGCAGUUUUGUAAUAAACCAAACUGUAAACACAACAGUUAAAAAAAA